UGGAGAGAUGAAGCUUGAUCCCAUAAUUGCAGCAGGAGAGAAAUCCAAAAAGGAUUUAGAGAAUACCUUCCAUCAGAUUCAAAAGAAGAAAGAAGGGCAAGAGAUUCAAUACCAAGUUCAGCGUAACGAUAAUCUAAAGAAAGAGAUCCACUCAUUUAUAACUACAAAUGGGACUAACAAAUCUUAUAUGGGCUAUAAUAUUAGAAAUCUUUCUCCUAAUUCUAAUCCUGCAAGUAAAUAUGCCUCAAAUGAGAAGAAAGCUAAUAACAUGAAUGACAUCCUCAAGGCCCAAAUUGAGGAGAAGAAGUUACUAGAAAUGAAACAGAAAUUGAAAGAUCAAACUUAUAGCGAGUACAUACAGAGAAAGGACUCAGAAGCAGAAUCUGCAGAGAGAAAGUCACAGAAUUUAUACAGACAAGCCAAAGUCAACUACCUGCAGUCACUUAAAGAGCAGAUGAGAGAACAACAGCAGAUGAAAUACAGUUGGGUAGAAAUGGAUGAGAGAGAAAAAUAAAAUCAAUAGACAAAAGUUAAAGGAACUUGCAAGAGCAAGCCCAGACAGAUACAGAAGAAAAGCCCAAAAAUUGGAAGCUUUAAGCUUAAAGAAUACUAAUAAAAUAAGGGAUGAGUAUGGAGGAGCUAAGACUGACAGGCCAAUUAAUAUGGGCACCACAGAUUCGGUUGAUAAUAUAAAAACAUUAGAUUUUACGAAUGAUGCUAAAAUGCCAAAGCUAGUUAAAAAGGAAGUGAGGAUUCAGAAACCACCAAUAUCUGAUCCAAAAGGCUAUAUAACCGACUCUUCUAAAGAUAGGACCCCAAGAUUGCCUCUUCGAAACUCUCAAUAUGGAAAAUCGAUACUCACAACUCCACCAAAAUAUGAAUAUCAGUCAUCAAAUGAAGGUCAGAUUUCAAUGUCUCAGUAUAAGAAUGCAGAAGAUAAAUCAAGGAAUAGGAAUUUUCUAAAGAAUGCUUAUUCAGAUUUUACUAAAAAAUCAAUAGGAGAUGGGUACCAUCCAUCCCUCCCUCUUAUCUCGAGGGACUCAAAGGUAGCAUCAUCGUUGCAAAUGAAUGCGAAGCCAAUAAAGUCUAUCCUCAAAUCGCUACCUCCAAAGAGAACACUGAACAAAACUCCAAUUAGGAAAUCUAACAGAUCAAACCAGAAAAUGAUGGGUCUUGAACAGAUGCUCAACAAUAGGAUCGUUGGCGCACUGAGAAUGGAUAAUGUCAACAUGUCCAUAAAUCCUUCAUCUCGACUAUAUUAAGGACA